GGUCCCGGUCCCGGUCCCGCCGCCCCGGCCCGGCCAUGCCGCUGCGGCUGGCGCUCUGCCUGCUCGCCCUCUGCAGCCCCCCCGCCGCCGCCGCCGCGCACGGUGGGAUCUGCUGGCUGCAGCAGGGGAAGGAGGCCAAGUGCACCAUGAUCCUGAAGACGGGAGUGACGUGGGAGGAAUGCUGUGCCAAUGGCAAUGUGGACGUCGCCUGGUCUAACUACACCUACCCAGGCAACAAGAUCAGCCUGCUGGGCUUCCUGGGGCUGGUGACCUGCCACCCCUGCAAAGGAGGCUGGGCAGGACGGAGCCUUCCCGGAUGCUGGCACCGCAUCCUCCUCACGCUCUGCUCCCUUCUGUCCCCAGAGAGCUGCGAGGGGGUGGUGUGCGGCCCCGACAAGGUCUGCAAGAUGAAGCACGGGCGUCCCCAGUGCGCCUGUGCCCCGGACUGCUCCAGCCUGCCCCGCAAGCUGCAGGUCUGCGGCUCCGACGGCUACACCUACCGCGACGAGUGCGACCUCCUGACAGCCAAGUGCAGGGACCACCCCGACCUCGAAGUCAUGUACCAGGGCAAAUGCAAAAAGUCCUGCUCCAGCGUGGUGUGCCCCGGCACCCACACCUGCGUGGUGGACCAGACAGGCAGCGCCCACUGCGUGAUGUGCCGGACGGCGCCUUGCCCCGAGCCCACCAGCCUGGACCAUGCCCUCUGCGGCAACAACAACAUCACCUACCCCUCAGCUUGCCACCUCCGGCGGGCCACUUGCCACCGCGGCCGCUCCAUUGGCGUGCGCCACUAUGGGAGCUGCUCGGCUGCGGCCAAAUUCUCCGCGGAGACGGACAACGUGGAAGAGAACUACGUGUGAAUCCUCCCUCGCCACGAGGCCGGACCCAGGAGACAGGGGCAUUAUGUGUAUAUUGUACAAACCAUAUACCUGAUAUUUAUUAAGAUAAAACCUUCCUUUAUUUA